CCUCCCUUGGCAGCCAGCCAGCCAGCCAUCGGGCCACUCACUCGAUCCCAUCGCCGCCGCCGCAACAACUCGCCCUAGACACUCGCUUGCAUCUUCAUCCACCCGUCCGCCCUCCACGACGACGACGACGACGGCGAUAUCUCCAGUCAACCGCUCUUGCAAAGAAAGAAACACUCGCUUGACCGAACCCGCGUCGCCGCGGCCUCCCCCGCAGAACGACUACGACGACGAGCGCGAAGAAAUUGUGUGCAGUUUUUAGCGCCGCCCCUCGCCCAUCUUCGCGCGCGUGUUUUUCUGCUUCCUUUUUUCUCGCUCUGCGCCAAACCGGGACAACGCACAAGGCUUUUGUGCGUCCUUUCUCUCGCCGGGUGUGUCGAAUCGGCUGGCCAGGCGCGCGGCACAGAGCCCUCUCGGCCUUUCAGACAGCACGCGCACCGAGACAUCGAACCGAAGCCCCAAGGUGCGGUGGGCAGCCAGUCAACCAUCCUGCCACCCAUUUCCACGAUUUUCGACGGAAGGACCUUGGCCCGCGGCAUCUUUGUUUGUAGGAGGACGAAGUCUAUUACGCUCGGCUGAGUUCCGGAGAGGCCAGUCUUUGUCGCGGCAGUAGGAUCGAGCCUCCCGAUCGAAGCGAAUUCGAGCGACAACGACGACGAUAAAACGACGACCGGGAGUUUCCUAGAGAGUCCAAUUUCUCCGCCGCCGCCGCCGCCAUGUCGGGCUUCGGGGACUUCAAGUCCAUCUGCGAAAAUGCGCCGCUGCCCCUGUGUUCCAAUGUCGGCCCCGUGCUAUCGGCGUCGAACCGCGUGGGCAUCGAGCCCGACUGCUACGCUCGCAACAUCGAGCUGGCCAACACCAUCAUUUUCGAGGGCGCCGCGUCCGCUAUGCACAUUGUGGCGCUCGUCAUGACGGUCGUCAUGAUUCUUCACGUCCGCAGCAAGUUCACAGCCGUGGGCCGGAGGGAGAUUCUCACCUUCUUCUACAUCUACAUGCUCACCACGUUCAUUUCUCUCAUUGUGGACGCUGGCGUCGUGCCUCCCGGCAGCGGGCCAUAUCCGUACUUUGUCAGCGUGCAGAACGGCUUCUCGAGCGCGCUGAUAACGUGCCUGCUCAUCAACGGCUUCGUCGGAUUCCAGCUGUACGAGGACGGCACGCCGCUGUCGGUUUGGCUGCUGCGGAUAUGCUCGCUCGUGGCCUUCGCCAUCAGCUUCCUCGUCUCGCUCGCCACCUUUAAGGGCUGGGCUGGACUUGGACCGACCAACACGGUCGGCCUGUUUGUCGUUCUGUACCUGCUCAACGCCAUACAGCUCUUCAUCUACGUCGGCAUGCAGAUCCUGCUGGUGACGAGGACUUUGCGAGACCGGUGGCCGCUGGGCGAUAUUGCGUUUGGCAUCUUCUUUUUCGUCGUGGGACAGGUCAUCCUCUACGCGUUCAGCGCCAAGAUCUGCACGGCCGUGAGCCACUACCUGGACGGCCUUUUCUUCGCAACCGUAUGCAACUUGCUAGCCGUCAUGAUGGUGUACAAGUACUGGGAUUCGAUCACAAGGGAGGACCUUGAGUUCUCCGUCGGCACUAGGAUGAACAACUGGGAAGUCAAGGAGCUUCUUCCUGAGGAUGAGCGCCGAGCCACCGUGUAUACAGACGACCCCUACGGCCAUUCAAGCGCCUACGACAUGCCGUACUCGCCUACGGCACAGCGAUACUCGACCAAGUACUAAGGGUGAAAGACCAACGCGGUCACUUGUCACUUACGCAUCGACCGUUGGCUCAUCGGAGGCGGAGAGGUUUGUCUGUUGCCUUUGAGCCGUCGCAUUCCCCACCAGACUUGGGCAGCGUGACUAUCCAGAGGCGAGCAAUUUCUCUUGAAGCGGUGCAACUCGGUCUCGGAGGCUUGGCAGCCAAGAACAUUGGCAGGAGCAGGGUGCUCGCUUGCGUGUUUGUUUCUGCAUGGGACAUUGCGUGGCGUUGACUUUUUUUCUUCUAUACGAGGACGGGGCAUGUAUAUGAUUCGGCGUGACGUUUAUCCCCUUGGCUUUGUUGUGUGGGACGGAGCGCAUGCUGGCCUGUUGAGUGAGGGACCAUUUGUUGUCGAGGCCAACCGCAGGUCCGCGGAAGCGACUCCACGAUGCCAUGAAACGACCCAACGAUGGGGACCGUCACGGAUGGCAGGCGUUACCGAAUCGUGGGAUUUCCGGGCAGGAAAGCGACGGAGCGGGGCGUGCCAGCCGGCCAGCCGGCCAGAGGAGGGGCGUGUGAGAGAUGC